UGGAGCCGUCACAAACACCCCAAACAGCGUCUUCUGUUCUAAAAACCUUUAAGAACUGUUUUAUGUUAUAUACUGGACUGAGCAGUGACCUUGGAAUUUAGGAAAUUGAAAUACCCAAUUCAAACCUGUACAAAUGGAGAAGCAGGUUGUAGAUGGAUUGAGGGAGGUCUUCCAGUCAGGCAGAUCCAGACCCCUGCAGUACAGAAAACAGCAGCUCAAAGCCCUGCUUCGGCUCAUCACUGAACGCCAUGCUGACAUUGAACAAGCUCUAAAACAAGACCUCAACAGGAGUAUGCAUGGCACUUCACUCUUUGAGUUGAUCGGCAUUGAGAAUGACAUCAAGGUGGCAGAGCGUGAGAUGACAGACUGGGCAGCUCCUCGGCCUGUGAAGAAGAAUCUCAACUCUGCACUUGAUGAUGUUUACGUAAAGCCUGAACCUUUAGGUGUUGUGCUGAUUAUUGGAACCUGGAACUACCCUUGGGCCAUGAUAUUUCAGCCCCUUGUCGGAGCUAUUGCAGCUGGAAAUGCGGCUGUGGUGAAGCCAUCAGAGCUGAGUGAGCACUCUUCUAGACUAAUGAAAGAACUGCUUCCUCUCUAUCUGGAUAAGGAGAUGUAUCAGGUGGUGACAGGAGGGGUUCCAGAGACUCAGGAGCUGCUGAAGCAGCGUUUUGACCACAUCUUCUACACUGGAAGCAGCACAGUGGGGAAACUGGUUAUGGAAGCAGCUUCUCGUCACCUCACACCAGUCACUUUAGAACUGGGUGGAAAAAGCCCCUGUUAUAUUGACAAGAACUGUGACAUUCCUGUGGCAUGCCGACGAAUAACCUGGGGAAAGUUUGCAAACUGUGGCCAGACAUGCAUUGCUCCUGACUACAUUCUAUGUGAGACAAGCAUCCAGGACAGGAUAGUUGAAGAAAUUCAGAAGACACUUCUGGAGUUCUACCAGGCAGACCCUAAAACCUCUCCAGAUUAUUGCAGAAUCAUUAACACACGUCACUUUGACAGAGUAUUGGCUCUGAUGAAUGAAUGCACCAUUGCUUUGGGAGGAGAAAAUGAUCGCUCGCAGUGUUACAUAGCUCCUACAGUCCUGAAAGAUGUUUUGCCCCAUUUCAAAAUCAUGCAAGAAGAAAUCUUUGGACCUCUGCUGCCCAUUGUCACUGUUAAUGGCUUGAGUGAGGCCAUAAAUUUUAUCAAUGCUAGAGAAAAGCCUUUGGCUCUCUAUGUUUUCUCCUCUGAUAAAACGGUGAUUAAGAGAAUGUUAAAGGAAACCACCAGUGGAGGAGUCACUGUUAAUGAUGUCCUGAUGCAUUACACUGUGGAUACUUUACCUUUUGGAGGCGUGGGAAACAGUGGAAUGGGCAGAUAUCAUGGGAAACACACGUUUGACCAGCUGAGCCACCAUCGUGCCUGUCUCAUCAAGUCUUUUGCUAUGGAGAGUUUGAACGAUGCCCGUUACCCUCCACUAACAGCAGCCCGUCUGCGUAAGGCCAAGUUUUUUAUGGGGCAUCGCAUGUGCAGCUGUAAUGGCAUGUGUGUUUGGGCCAUCAUCGCCACCGUACUUGCAAUUGGCCUGCUUGUCGGACUAUUAGUUGUGCUGAUAUAGCAGACUCCCAUCUGAAGCAACGGAUCUACUGGAUACACUGCCCUUCUUCAUAUUUGCUGCUGUCUUUUGAUAUGAUGUAGAAUUUGUGGAUCAUAUAGUUGUAGAAAUAUUGAGUAUUUAGAUCAUUCUUAUGAUCCAUCUAUAAUGAUAACUUUAAUGGUGAGGUUUAAAAAGUUGUCAUUAAUGUAUAUGAAAGUCCACACCAAAAAUAUAAUGAUUCCAGCACAGAAAACAAACUUUUUCUCAGCUGAUGAGUGAUGAAAACACUGACAGCCAAUCAGAAUUUAUCUAGCCUUAAAGAGCUUAUGCAGUUAACCUACUAGAUGAUAAAACUGCAGCACACAUUCAUAAUAAAUUAUUGUUUGUUGGUGUAGACACUAAUAUAGUUAUGGUCAUUUAUGGCUAUUUUAUAUAUAUAGAUAAAUACAGAUAAAGUUAUUUAUACAUUUUUAAUACACUAAAAACAAACUAAAUUUAUUGUUUUAACAAAACAUAUCACUAAUACUUAUUAAUGCACCGUUUUCUGCUCAUGUAGAGAAUUUGAGUUGAACUACUGAACUGUGCAGAAUCUGCAGAUUUGGUUGUUUAAAUGGACAAGUUAGCAUUAUUUGUGUAGCAGUACAAUGCUAGCAUUGUUCUCUAUUGCUCCUAUUGUUCUCCAGCUUAUCCUAUUUAUUCGGUGGACUUUACGGAAAGCUUAAGCACAGGAGCUCACAAAUUCUUUUUAUAAAAUAAUGCCAGCAAAGACAACAAUGUUUUGACAUCUUAACAGUGUUGAUCAAAAGUGAGUCAGUGAUGUUUAAAUGUUGUGUUCUGAGCUUUUUUUUUUGUGGAAAAAAUGAACUAGGCUUUACGGCGAAAAUGUCAAUGAAACUUAAACUUUAAUGUGAUUUUUAAACUUAAAAUGAUAUUUCUUAUUUUUCAUUUACUAUGUAUUAAAGAGCAAAUCCAAUUAUUUAGAAUAUAUUCUAUUGGAGUAUUUAAUGUUUUUAUAUCUUGUGAUUAUAUUAUUAAUUACAGUAUGUGUUAGUGUUAAUCAUACUAACUUGUGCUAGAUUUCAAAGAAUUACAUUGUUCUGUUUUAUUUUGUUUAUUUAAGGCCUGUUUUU